GGUGGCCUUCUACUGGUUAUGGAUUAACCGAGUUCCAGGCCAUCAUGGCGGCAGGAAGGCAGUCUUGCAGCCUCGCCAGGGCCCACCCCUACAGGCGUCAGCGACGGCAGAAUGUGGCAGCUGGCAGGCUUGCUGCUCUUCCUGGCCACCUGGGGCGUUUCCAGCAAACCAGUUCCUCCUGACGCGGUGUUCUCCAGCAGCCAGCGUGCCCACCAGGUGCUGCGGAUCCGCAAACGUGCCAACGCCUUCUUGGAGGAGGUCCGGCCUGGCAACCUGGAGCGUGAAUGCUACGAGGAGAUCUGCGACUUCGAGGAAGCCAAGGAAAUCUUCCAUAAUGUGGAUGCCACACUGGCCUUCUGGUCCUCGUACUUUGACGGUGAUCAGUGCAAAAGCCUACCGCCAGAGCACCCAUGCGCCAGCCUCUGCUGCGAGCACGGCACGUGCGUCGACGGUCUGGGCAGCUUCACCUGCACCUGCAACCCGGGCUGGGAGGGCCGCUUCUGCCAGAACGAAGUGGGCUUCAGCAACUGCUCAGUGGACAACGGUGGCUGCGCGCACUACUGCCUGGCCGAGGGGGAAUCACGGCGCUGUAGCUGCGCGCCGGGCUACCAGCUGGCGGACGACCACCUCCAGUGCGAGCCCUCGGUGAUAUUCCCAUGUGGGAGGAUACAGAAGCAGGUGGAGAAGAAGCGGAGCAACUACAAGCGUGACACAGACCAAGUAGAGCAAGAAGGUCAAGACGAACCGUUAGAUCCAAGGGUCGUCAACGGCACCGAGACCAGACACGAGGUAGAGCAAGAAGGUCAAGAUGAACUGUUAGAUCCAAGGAUCAUCAACGGCACCGAGACCAGACACAAGGUUGAGCAAGAAGGUCAAGAUGAACCAUUAGAUCCAAGGAUCAUCAACGGCACCGAGACCAGACACGAGGUAGAGCAAGAAGGUCAAGAUGAACCGUUAGAUCCAAAGGUCGUCAACAGCACUGAGACCAGACACGAGGUAGAAGAAGGUCAAGAUGAACCGUUAGAUCCAAGGGUCGUCAACGGCACCGAGACCAGACACGAGGUAGAGCAAGAAGGUCAAGAUGAACCGUUAGAUCCAAGGGUCGUCAACAGCACUGAAAACAGACAUGGAGUAGAGGAAGAAGAUCAAGAUGAACAAUUAGAUCCAAGGAUCGUCAACGGCACUGAGACCAGACAUGGAGAGAACCCCUGGCAGGUAAUGCUGCUGGACUCCAAGAAGAAGCUGGCCUGUGGCGGGGUGCUCAUCCACAGUUCCUGGGUGCUGACUGCAGCCCACUGCGUGGAUGGUUCCCGGAAGCUCAGCGUCAGGCUUGGGGAGUAUGACCUGAGGCGCAGAGACAAGGGGGAGGUGGAGCUGGACAUCAAGAAGAUCUUCAUCCACCCCAACUACACCCGGAGGACCACCAACAACGACAUCGCGCUGCUCCGCCUGGCCCAGCCCACCGCCCUCUCCAAGACCAUCGUGCCCAUCUGCCUCCCAGACAGUGGCCUUGCAGAGCGGGAACUCACUCAGGCCGGCCAGGAGACGGUGGUGACGGGCUGGGGCUUCCAGUCUGAGCGGAAGGGAGACCCCAGGAGAAACCCCACCUCCGUUCUCAGCUCCAUCAGGAUUCCUGUGGCUCCUCGUGAUGAGUGCAUCCAGGUCAUGCAGAACGUGGUCUCGGAGAACAUGCUGUGUGCAGGCAUCCUUGGGGACACCCGGGAUGCCUGCGAUGGUGACAGUGGGGGGCCCAUGGUGGCCUCCUUCCAAGGCACCUGGUUCCUGGUGGGUCUGGUGAGCUGGGGUGAGGGCUGUGGGCUGCCUACCAACUAUGGCGUCUACACCAAAGUCAGUCGCUACCUCGACUGGAUCCACAGCCACAUCAGGGACAAGGACAGCCCUGUGCCGUAGCUGCCCCGCUUGUCUCCGAAUCCAGGGCUCCUGUGGCAGGGCUGCCGGGCAGCAGUGCAUGGGCCGCUCAAGGGGCACACAAGAAGCAGGGCA